AAUACACAGAUAUUAUGCUGCAGCGGAGAGAGGCAGGGACACUGGUCUUAACGUGGAGCGGUUCGCUAUGCCAGGUCUCGGACGGGUUUUAGGAGACGACAUGUCACCGCUGUAGGUGAUAUUUUAAAAAAACAUUAGCGCAGGUAUUCGUUCGUUUUAUUCCUGCGAAGAGGCUCGUUUUGUACAUGCCGUCCGUCUAAAUUGGAUACCGAACAGGGGGCGGGAGCGCGAGCAACAAGUGGAGUUUGGCGCGGAGAGGCCGAAUAUUUCUCACCGUCAGCGAGCUAUGGAGGAGCGGAAGGAGCCCAACGGCAGCCGGGACUCGAUCGAGGAGGAGAGCAUGUCCCUGUCGCCGAACCUCCCAUCUCCUCCCGUGAUUUUACCCCACCAGGCGGCCCAGCAGGCCCACCGAACCACGAACUUUUUUAUUGACAACAUCCUCCGGCCGGACUUCGGCAGCAGGAAGGAGCCGAGCUACCGCGACCGGAGCCGGGAGACGCCGGGCAGGGAAAACGUCAACCCGCUCGGAGCGAGGCCGCCGCACACCGGCAGCCUCUGCCUGGACUCCAACUGCAGCAGCGACAGCCCUUCUUCGUCGCCCUCCUCCUCGUCCUCCUCGUCGUCGUCGUCAUCCACGUCCUCCUCGCCCUCGUCCAAGCAGAAGUCGUCAAAACAGGGCGAAGUGGCGGGCACCGGGACCGGCAGAUACGCGGACAGCCCCUCGUCGAUUAUGGUCGUGAGCGGCAGCAAUGGAGGAUCUCCGCCCACGAAAGAAAGCCAGCCGAUGUUGUGGCCCGCUUGGGUUUACUGUACGCGGUACUCGGACCGGCCCUCAUCUGUUUCCACGCCAGGCCCGAGGACACGCAAACUGAAAAAGAAGAAGAGCAGCCCCAAGGAGGACAAGCGGCCCCGCACGGCCUUCACGGCGGAGCAGCUGCAGAGACUGAAAACCGAGUUCCAGGCCAACCGGUACAUAACGGAGCAGCGGCGGCAGUCCCUGGCCCAGGAACUGAACCUGAACGAGUCCCAGAUCAAAAUCUGGUUCCAGAACAAGCGGGCGAAGAUCAAAAAGGCCACGGGCUACAAGAACGGCCUGGCCCUGCAGCUCAUGGCCCAGGGACUGUACAACCACUCCACGACCACCGUGCAGGAGGACAAGGAGGAUAGUGAAUAGAGACGUGUCCCCGCCGAGGGCCGCCGUGCACCUGACUCUUUUGGGCUUUUGGAGAUAAUGACAUAAAAAAAAAGAAAAAAAUGAACUGGAAGUGGAGGAGACGCUAUUUAAAAAAAACACAGAUUUCUGUUAAUGGUGACAGUAUAUGGACAUAAUUAUAUAAAUGAACGAUCGUUAUUAAAGUUUAUAUAGCCAAAAACAGUUAUCAUGUUGUAUACAGUAUAUUUAAUUUCACCUCUCAUCCGGGUCCUUCCUGUCUGUUCUCAUUGUUAGGAUGUCGAACUGGCUCUGUAGGUUUUUGUUUUGUGGUCCCUCACAGUAGCGCCACGUUUUCCUUCCACACAUCAGUCCGCAGACUCAAAACAAGCCAAAGAUUUUAAUAUGUUCAUGUGUAGUCUGAAAUAAAGAGAGAGAACUAAAACUCUUCCUUCUUUCAUUCGUUCACACAGAUAAAAGCGUUGAGCAGCGUUUUGGUGAUUAAAAAAAUAUUUUAACCUUUUAUUCAGCCUAUUAUGAUUAUUAAUGUAAUUAUUAUGAUUGUUAUUAUUGUUCAGGAAUUAUUUUGUAGUUGGAAUUUUAAGUAGAAAAUUAUGAAGGACUGUUCAGUCUAAAUUAGUUAUUUUAUUAUUAUUAGUUGUAGUAUAGUAUUGUUGUUAUUAUUAUUAUUAUUAUUAUUAUAAUAACUUUGUCACUCCAGCCUCACAACCAGCAGGGCUCUCACUGGACUUCCCAAAUUGCUUGUAUGAACAAUAUAUCAGGCAGCAAAUUUAAAAGAGCAACCCAUAAUUAAUAAGUCUUUUAAAUUAUUUCUCACUAACAUAUAUGGAUGAUUUAAACUUUUUAUUUAAUUUUUAUAUUUGAGAAGAUGGGGCAAACACACACACACACAAGGACUCUGCAGUUCCUGUUUCAAUACAAUCAGCAAUCAGCUGUAUCAGCUUGUUUCUCCAUGAUGGAUAACAUUUCACCUAUUAAUCUAUUCCGGGUAUUAACGCGGUUUAACAUCUCUGGUGAAGUUUCACUGGCAUGGAGUCUUACCAGAGCUCAAAUGGAGUGAAUGCAUUUACUGAAGAAAGCUGUCAGUGAGCUUCUCUGCUCUGAUUUAGGGAGGAACACGGGGUACAUGUGGCCUGUUUGACCUCACGUGACCUCAGGCGCAGGUUUGAUAGAGCCUGGCUGUGAACCCUGUUCACUGUGUGUGUGUGUGUGUGUGUGUGUGUGUGUGUGUGCUCAAGGUCAGUGAGAGCAGACACAGUUGAGGGUCUCUGCCUAUGAUUGUAUGAUGAUGGGGAAGUUGUUUCCUCUUGUUUGAUUAUUUUUAAAAGCAUGAGAGUAUUUUAUAUUAUUAUUUAAUUUACAUUUUAGGGGGCUGUUGAAGGGGAAAGCACAUUACAACCAGAAACAAAAACUCACAUAAUUGUAAUUUCACUGGUGUGAAAUACUAUCCAGCGAUGUAAAAUACAUAUAUAUAUGUAUAAUAUGUAAACCAGUUACUUGGGGCCCAUUUAUAAUUAUCAUUUGCCCUCACUUACUUCCAUCAUCCAGUUUACUUACAUUGAAUUCAAUCCUAUUGUCUCCAAUUGUAAAAAAAAAGAAAAAAAUAAGAAGCCCUUCCUUAGAAGACAUUUAGCAUAACAUGAGGCUUAAACUUCAUAUGAAAAAGCUUUUAAUAUGUGCGCCGAGUUAUUUGCCGUGACAGUAAAAAAAGAUUUGUUUCUAACAUAUAAAUACGCCAGAGGAGAACUCUCACUAUGAUUUGAUGGUUUAUUUGAUGACAAAGCGAAUGCUUCAAUGAGCACGUCUGAAGUGGCAUCACGUCGUCUGAACAGUUCUCCUAAAAAAAAUAAUUUCAAAGCACCACUGUGCCCUAAUGCACGCGGGCCUGUUCCGUCGCUCACAAACAACCGAUCGCGGGUCGGACUAUUUAAUUAAGAGCUCUGCAGCGGAGGAGUUCACGGCCUCCGCGUUGCGGGCUUUUUAAUUAUUUCAAGUGCUGCGUUUUGGUGCUCAUAGAGCGGGGAAUUUAAUAAGAAACACAGCAAUAUCGUGUUAAUAAUUGAUUUUAAUAACGACCAGCAAGGACUCGCUGUUAGUUUAGAGGCUGGUUAUUUCACAUUUAAUUAACACCUCAUCUUUUCAUAUAAAUUAAAAAACACCUUAUUUAUUUACUUGGACAUACAUCUCAGGGUGCACGUGGACCGUCAGCAGACAAUACUGCGCCUGUUUGAUUGUAUUGAACUAUAACAAAAUAUUUCUAGUUCUGGAACGCCAUAUUUCAGGGAUUCUUGUUUUUCAUGUUGAUUUCGCAGACAGCUCUGGUGCAGGUGGUGCAGCAGUGGAAAACCUCGAGGGGUCCUGGAGGGGCCAACAGCAAUAUUGGGAAUAAUUUAAUGUCACUGAAAUUUGUGAAUGAAUAUUCAUAGGGCUCGAUUUCAGCUGCAAUGACACAAAAAUAUAAUUUGAUCUGCGCGUCGUCAUCAAAUGGGUCUCUGUGGCUCUAAAGUACACUUUAAAAAGACACUUUCAAGUGACUGUAUCAUGCACUGUGUUGUGAACAGGAAUUGAAUGAGGGCGUUGUUAUUAUGUUUGGGAAAACUCGCACGCGCAGGGCCCGGUGGCCAUAUGGGCUGCACGUGUGUGAAGAGGUGAAGAGGCUGCCAUGAUAAACCCGCACAGCUCCUAAUAUUAUCAUGACAGUCUCAUUCCCCCGCUGCGCACGCUGAAGAGGAUCCGCUGACAAUGUAUUUAAAAUUCAUACAAUUAUGAAACAGCGAGAGGAUUUCUCUCCCCUCUCUCCUCCCUCUCUCCCACAUUGUCGUUUAGGGAGCGGAGGGUUUAUCUGUAAAACAAAGAAAAGCCGGGGAUCGUUUGCAUAGUUAGCAUAGUCUGCCUCGCAGGCACAAUAUGGAUUUAAUUUAUAUGCAAAUGAAAGCAAUAAAAAGGAGAAUACACUCUGGAAAUCUCUGGCGCUUUAAAAAAAAAAGAAAAGAGAGGGGGAGGGGGGAUUUGGGGCAGGUACACUUAGCCUCAACCCAAGAACAAUGUUAUAUAAUAAUAUCCACACAAACUACAGCAGAGGUUGCAUUGGCACGUAAUGCAUGCACCUGAAGUUAGCUAAUUAAAAUCGGAUUUUUACAUCAACUAGGCACCUGAUGCAACAAAGACACACAUUGCACUGCAAUAGGCUAAAGCUUAUGAAAUAUGAUGCAUUCUAACUCAACGGUAUGUGAAGUAGUUAUUGGCUCCACCUCGGAUAAAAUACAAUAGAAUAAUCUACAUUUUAUAGAGUCCGUCUGCAUGACAAACGAAGUUCUUAUCUGACAAUUAAGCGCUUUUACUUUGAAAAUUCUGAACGCAGGACUUUGUGUAACUUGUACCUAAAUUGCGGUAUUUCUACUAAACAAAAAAGUUUAGUAGAAAUACUAAAUACCCCGCCCCCCCCUCCCUUUCAGAAGCAUGCGGGCCAACCACCUGUCACUCAAACAAAGAGGGGCGGUGACCUCACCAGUCCGCGCGAACUGAGUGUUUGUUUUGAACGCUGCUGCUGCUGGAAAAUGCAUGUCAACAAGGAAGUGGAAGAAGGAGACGCA